CAGGGUUCCCGAAGAAGGCACAUCGUACUAUACAGCACAAUGACCCACCCUGCGUCCACCACCGUCAUCAAGAAUCCAACAUGGUGGAGAAGGAGGACACAAUUGGAGAGGGUGCUGACUUUAAUCACUGUUGCGACCAUUGGUCUCUGUGUGAUUCUAACAAUUGCUUUAGCUCUUACCAGCUACAGGCAGUAUCAUGAAUCAGAGGCCCUUCCUACAAUGUCUUCUUCAAUUGACGCCGAUGGAAACGCAACCAAAAAUUCUAUCUAUCCUAAGAAACCUGAUUCUAAAAUAUGUCUUAGCGACGGUUGUAUACACACAGCUUCGAUGUUGCUUAAAAGUAUGGACCUUGAAGCAUCUCCCUGUGAUGACUUUUAUCAAUUCGCUUGUGGCAAAUUUCGCAAGAAGAUGAUCCCAGAUGACAAAUCUUCCUUAUCUACUUUCUCAGUCAUCAGUGAUGAUCUACAACUUCAGCUUAGAUCAAUUCUUGAAGAGAAGAUUAUGCCAGGGGAACUGAGACCUAUCACUUAUGCUAAAACAUUGUAUGGCAUUUGUAUGAACAAAAGCAGGAUUGAGGCUAACGGGGAAGAAGGUGUUAGGCAGCUGCUAAAAACUCUUGGUGGAUGGCCAGUCCUUGAAGGUGACUCCUGGGAAGAUGGAAUGUUUGAUUGGAGGGAAACAGUCUAUAAGUUCAGAAAUGCAGGAUUAUCUGUUGAUUAUAUAAUAGACUUUAGUGUGUCGGUUGAUUAUAAGAACACCACCUAUAGGAUCAUUGAUUUGGAUCAAGGUUCAUUAUCAUUGAACAGAGAGUUCUUCAUCAAGGGUCUCGAAAACAGGCUGGUGUCCGCCUAUGCCAAAUACAUGGUGGAUAUGGCCAUACUUAUGGGAGCAGAGCCUGAACGUGCAAAGAAGGAGAUGUCCAUGGCUUUGGACUUUGAAAUGCUACUGGCCAAUAUUUCUCUACCAAUGGAGAAAAAGAGGAAUGCUACUUUACUUUAUAACAAAAUGACUGUUCGGGAAUUGCAAGCCAAAUUCCCAUCAAUUCCAUGGAGAGAUUAUAUAUCUAAAAUCCUUCCAGCUAAAAUUAGUAUUGAUGAAGAUGAGCCUGUCAUUGUAGAGGUUCCAUCUUACAUUACUAGUUUAGAAAAGAUUCUUGAGCAAACACCCAAGAGGGUUGUGGCAAAUUACAUGCUUUGGAGAGCUGCUAGCAGCGUAGUCAGUUACAUGCCUGAAAAAUUCAGAAAUCGGCAAUUGGAGUACUAUACAGCUGUUUCUGGCAGUACUGAAAGGGAAGCCAGGUGGAAGGAAUGUGUUGAUCAUGCUAGUUCCAGCUUGUCAUUGGCUGUUGGGUCUCUUUAUAUUCAAAAGUACUUUGAUGAAGAAGCUAAGAAAAAUGCCCUUGAUUUAGUCAGAAGAAUCAGAGAAGAGAUGUACAAGAUUCUUGAAGCUGUCGAAUGGAUGGAUGAUGAAACAAGGGAGCAUGCUCUUACAAAGGCUAAAGCAAUGACUGAGCAUAUAGCUUAUCCUGAUGAACUUCUUGAAAAUGAUAAGCUGGAAAAGUUUUAUAGUGGGUAUGAAAUUACGGAUGGCGAUUUCUUAGAAGCUGUUCUCAAUACAACCAAAUUUGCAUUUGAGUUUAAUUUUGGUCGUCUCCGUGAUUUGGUCAACAAAACUGAGUGGUUUUCUCAUGGCAGACCAACUAUUGUCAAUGCCUAUUAUAAUUCCAUUGAAAACUCUAUCCAAUUUCCUGCUGGAAUCUUGCAAGGUAUAUUUUUUUCGAAUAAAAGGCCGAGUUAUAUGAACUACGGAGCAAUUGGAUUUGUGAUUGGACAUGAAAUUACACAUGGAUUUGAUGACCAGGGAAGGCAGUUUGAUGCCAAUGGGAACUUAGUUGACUGGUGGGCUCCUGAAACAAAAGACAAAUACUUAGAGAAGGCCAAAUGUAUUAUCGACCAGUAUGGAAACUACACUGAUAGUCAAGUCAACAUGAAGCUAAAUGGAAUCAAUACUCAAGGAGAAAACAUUGCUGAUAAUGGUGGUAUAAAAGAAGCUUAUAAAGCCUAUCUCGCCUGGGUGGAAGAAAAUGGUGAAGAACCUAGACUUCCUGGCUUCCAAGACUACACUCCCCAGCAAAUGUUUUGGAUAUCAGCUGCAUCUGUUUGGUGUUCUGUAUAUAGAAAUGAAACACUAUCCAAUAGGAUAACAACAGGUUACCACUCUCCAGGAGAAUUCAGAGUUAGGGGCCCAUUAUCAAACAGGCCAGAAUUUGCAGAAGACUUUGCUUGCCCAGCUGGUUCACCAAUGAAUCCCGUCAAGAAGUGUCAAAUUUGGUGA